CAGGUGAAGUCUUUGGCGGAAUCGAUUGAUGAAGCCUUAAACUGCCACCCACUUGGCCAGGAGGGAGGACCUGUUGGCCCCACUUUGGAAAAAAGUGAAUCCAAGGAGCAGCAGGGUGACAGUGCUGCCACUUCAUUCAGUGAUGUCACACUCUAUCUGGACGAAGGCGCUCCCACGUCACCCCUCUCUCUGGAGUGCCCCCCCAGCACUGAGCCCCCAGAGCCUGCUCCGGGAGUGCCCCUCCCACCACCCCCACGGCCGGAGUACUGGGGGGCGCCCCAGCGGGAGGACAGCCGGGAGAAUGGGGGCGGGAGCCGGCGCAGCACACCUUGCCUGGAAUGCCGGGACUACCGCCUUCGGGGCGCUCACUUGCCCUUGCUCACAAUUGAGCCUCCCAGUGACAGCUCAGUGGAUCUGAGCGACCGUUCUGAUCGGGGUUCAGUCAAUCGGGGGCUCAUGUAUGAGCAAGAUGGCUGCAGCCCCCAUGGCACCCUCAAACAUCCUGGAGGGCCUGCACGCUCCCCACACCCACACCGUCAUUAUCACCCUGAGAAAAGCCAGCCUCCUCCACCUUUGCCCAUCCCACCCCCUCAGGCCCCAAGUCGCCUGCCUCCACCUCCUCCGCCGGACAACUCCGAUGGCGACAACGACAGCCUCAACAGCACCACCAACUCCAACGAGACCAUCAACUGCAGCUCAGGAUCCUCCUCACGGGACAGCCUGCGCGACCCACCUCCACCUGCCCCAGCCACCGCCACGACUGUUGGGGGCCCCUGCAAGCAGACCUACCAGCGGGAGACGCGGCACAGCUGGGAUUCUCCUGCCUUCAACAACGACGUGGUGCAGCGCCGCCAGUACCGCAUCGGCCUCAACCUUUUCAACAAGAAACCAGAAAAGGGGAUCCAGUAUUUAAUCGAGAGAGGCUUCUUGUCGGAUACGCCGGUGGGCGUGGCCCGGUUUAUCCUGGAGCGGAAGGGGCUAAGCCGGCAGAUGAUUGGAGAAUUUCUUGGCAACCGGCAGAAACAAUUCAACCGAGAUGUACUCGA